CGCGUUGAGUUCAGAACCGCUUUAGAGAAGAGAAACACUUUCAAAAUGUCACAAACAGAUCUGGAUAAAAGCAUUGAGAUAAUAACCAAGACCGAGGAGUUGGCCGACAAAAUAAUGGCCAACAAGCAGGAAUUGACGGUUAUGGAUAAACGACGACAGGAAACUCGGGAAGCAUUGCGGCUGAUGGAAAAGUCCGAGGACAAGAAAGUUUGGAUCACCAUUGGCAGCAUGCUAGUCAAAAUGGAGAAGGAAAAGGCCUUAGAUUUGCUAAAGAAAGAUCAACACCAAAUUGAGCAGCAAAUAAACCUAAUUUACUCCGACCAGAAAUUGUUGGUCAAUAAACACCGCGAUCUGGAGUUCAAAUCGCCCUUCUCGGGCACUAAUCUCAAGCCCCUAGGAAAGAAGGAGUUCGAUGCUCUGAAAGCUAAUCUACCAAUGCUGUGAAAGUAGUUCUUUAAGUAAAGUUUUUAUUUCAAACCCGG